UAGAGCCAUCGCGAUCGGUCUAGAUGCUCGCCCCGCUCCUUUUUCUCCGCUCCGCUACCGCCCUACACGUCGGCCGCGUGCCAUUCGCGCCGGCAGCACGUCGCCUGUCCAACGCGCCGGCAGCAAGUCGCCUGUCCACUCUCGCGACCACAGCACGAGCGAGCAACACAGCAGCCGUGCCGUCGUCCUUCAAGCCGUCCAUUGACUACCCGGGUGUUGUGCCGCUCAGAACCAGCCUCGUCGUACCCCGAUCCCCACAGCCAGUCUCCUUCGCGGACGAUUCCGACUCGGUGCGCCGGCGGGCUCAAGCCGAUCAGAGCGACGCACCACCGCUCCUCUCGCCAGGGGAGGCGCGACGUGUGGCCGUGUUUGAGGACGCCUCGCCCUCCGUCGCCUUCAUCUCGACCACGAUCCUCACGCCGAGGGGCAUUGUUCAAGCCGGCGCUGGCUCGGGCUUUGUCUGGGACGCCGACGGCCACAUCGUCACCAACUAUCACGUUGUCGCCAACCCAGUCGCGCGCCAGCCUUCCCAGUCGCGAGUGAUGGUCUCGCUGCAGGGCAUCGAGGGGCAGGUUGAGGCGACGGUCGUCGGGCAUGAGGCGGACAAGGACUUGGCGGUGCUCAAGGUGGACCCGGCGAGGCUGCGGCCGCUGAAGCCGCUGCAGGUCGCCUCCUCCUCCACGCUGCGCGUCGGCCAGGACGUGCUGGCCAUCGGCAAUCCGUUCGGCCUCGACUACACCCUGACGACGGGCAUCGUCUCCGCCCUCGGCAGGGACAUCGACGGCUACGGCGGAAGGCCGAUCAAAGACUGCGUCCAGACGGACGCCGCAAUCAACCCGGGCAACUCGGGCGGACCGCUCCUUGACUCGCGCGGCCGGCUCAUCGGCGUCAACACGAUGAUCUUCUCGCCGGGCGGCGCGGGCGGCAACGUCGGCAUCGGCUUCGCCGUCCCCUCGGACACCGUCAGUCGCGUGGUGCGGCAGAUUGUCGAGUUCGGCAAUAACGCGCGGCCGUCGCUUGGCGUCAACCUGCUCGACGACCGGGCGCGCGAGCAGUACGCCCGCAGUUUGGGUCGGCCCCUGCGCGGUGCGAUCCUCGCAGAGGUGGUCGCCGGCUCGCCGGCAGAGGCGCUCAGUCUCGCCCCGUGCCGGCGGCGGUACGGCUCGGUCGUGCUCGGAGACAUGAUCGUCGAGGUCGACGGCAAGCCGAUCGGGCGGAACGAGGACCUGAUCUGCGCGAUCGAGGAGGCGGAGCCCGGCAGCGCCGUCUCGCUCAAGGUGGUGCGCAACUGCGACCCGGAGCGGCUCGAGGAGCUCCGGUUCACGCCGGUUAUGCGCAAGACGCUGGCCGAGCGGCGCUGACUCGACAGGUGAACGGCACACGGAUUUAGUAGUUGACUCAAUUCACGCCAAGAACGAGCAGCUUGCUGCUUGGGGGAAGCCUGGCAGGGUGAUGAGUGCGCGUGGCAAUUUCUUUUGCGUGUCUGAAUUUCUUUGUUUUGGGGGGUUGUCGUGUGAGUGAGGUUUUGCUUGCCUUCCCUGCGACCCCGUGUUGCAUGUCUGACUGUCACUAUACUCUCUCGAUUUCGGUCCCCGGGGUUGUUGAGCACUCCCUUUGUUCUCUUCUCAUAAAAUCGGAGGGUCGGCCCACGGGGGGACGUGAACUGAACCGACCCAACGAUUUUAUGAGUAAAAAGAAGAAGAAGACGGAACGAUUUUAUGAGUGACAGUAGCCGCGAAUUCUUUUCCAGAUUGCCCUUCU